AUGAUCACUAACGAAAGUCUAAUAUCCCUUUUCUGUAACCAAAACAAACCUGUAAAAUGGAGAGUAUAUUUGAUAGGAGAUAAUUCAUAUUUUGGGGCAUUAACCUUCUCCAAAGAACUACAAAUGAUGGUACUAUGCGUUUGUUCCUUCCAUUGCUCUCCAAUGAUAUCGCUAAUCGAUUCCAAGGAAGUCGAACGUCAAUGUUCCGAUCAAGGGUUUGAUAAUCAUUCGUUACCAAACUUACUUACAACUUUCGAAGAACGGCUAAAAUUCCCUUCUGACGACUUACGAAUAAUGAGUAGAGGCGAGUACCUCGAAUUCGUCAUGAAUAUAACUAAAAAGAUCAAGGUUCAAAUUCGGCUCAAAACAACCCCUGUUAAUCAAUCCUACAAAAAUGAUGUAUAUAAAGCAAUUUCUUUGUCUUUGAUUGACGGUGUCUGUCUCUUGCAUAUGGCUAUGGAGAAGCUAGUUGCCAUUAUAGGGCAUAAAGAUCAAGCGAUAGGAUUUUUAAAGGAUACGGUGGGUGACUUAGGAUAUGAAGGCCUCAUAGCAAAAUGGGCACCACCGAACUCCUUCAAUCGUGACUUGUUAACUCCAUUUGAUGUAGAUAACUGGCAAUCAGCUUGGGCCACUGAGAAGGUCCCCUCUGAUGUUCUCAGUGGUGGCUUGAACAAAAUAUCCGAUACGCUAAAUUUAUUGGCAAUGAAAAAGAGUAAUAUAAAUGAUCCUACAAAAAGUUCUGAAAAGAAUCUGAAAACUAAAUCAAUUAAUGUUUUCGAUUCGAAUUCUUCUGACAGUUUUGUUCAAUUCGAAGAGCCACAUUUAGAAUUCGAUGAUGAACAUAAUUUGCCGGAAUCACAGGAACGAUUGCAACCAAAAGAAGAGGUAAUCCAAAAUAUAGAAAACUCAGAUCAACAAACUCAAGCAUCAAAUCUCUUCCCCGUAAGUGAACGCAUAAACUCAGAUACGUGCACAGAAUCGCAAAGUAACCUUAAACGGAACAAUGGUUCCAACGAAAAGCUGGAAGUAACAUCUAGUCUGUCACCCUCAAAGAAAAGACGCAAGUUUGGAAAGGUAAAGAGCGAAUCUGUGGAGCCGUGA